AUGGACUCAUACCAGCAUCCAGAAAUCGACGGACGAAAAGACGGUCGAACAUACAGAGAAAAGUGCGUUGAAGCCACGGAUCACUGGCCCCAUCCUGUACUGGCACAAUCUAUGGUUCAUGCAUUUGAUGAAACACAGAUUGAGCCUUACGGCUGGGUACACAGUGAUCCAAUAGCCGAAACAGAACAACCUGACCAAAACAACGUCGGAACUUCCUCGGGGGGACAACUAGCCUUGCCUUCGGGCGAAAUUCCUGGAAAUGAGGGAAGGCAGCGACGAAGCAUGAGUGCCAAGGAACGACAGAUAAAUUCUUCAUGCCGCACGAAGGAGCAACGACGGCAAAUAAAGGAGCAAAAAGAUAGAAUUUCAAAGCUUCUUCCCCUUCGAAAAGGUCGUGCACCACCAAGCAGCGAGCUUCAGCUUUGGACAGAAGCAUCCGAAUACAUCGAACGUCUCCACGCUGAAAAUGCCAUUCUAAAGGAGAAAACUGAAAGAACCUCAGAUAUUCCCCGUUCAUGUUGGGAAGGGUCUCCUUUCAACAGCACAAGAAUAGAACCAGUUGACAUCACUGGGCCAUCAAGUGCGAUCGCGCUGGAAGAUGCCUGGGCAACUUCGAUGGCGCAAGCUACGAACUUGAACUGGGAUCCAUCCCUAGAAAACUAUGUACCGCGAGGACCGUCGUAUCAGGUACGAUACAAUCCGAUACAAGAGACCAGCAGGUACUUGUCAGAAUCGGAGGCGAUGCCAGCCCCAGCCAAUCUAGCGUUGGAACCCUUCACCCUUCCGGCUGGUCCUAUCUGGGGUCCAGCAACGUCGAACUAUAAUUCGGCGCCGUGGAACUCAGUGCUUGGGCAGCACAUGCAGACAGCUGUCCGAGACCACAACGAACUCCACCAAGAAGUCGGCUUAAUGGGAGCUCGAUUUGAGACCCAAGGCUCGACCGAGAGGUGGAGUGCGAGAGCCACGGACGGCGGAACGCAAGACCGUCACUCCACAUCUGAGCAGCAGCCGAAUGGUUACCAGGGAGGGGAACACCAUGCUAAUGCUAUAUUUCCCGGCCGAUAUUGA